AUGCACGUCGAUGUCCGAGAUAGGUCCCCUGCCCAGACGAGCCUCUCGAAACGGAUGUACAGCAAUAAUCAGUCGAUGUUCCUACAAGAGGUGAAGGUUGUUUGUUUGAUGCCGCAGUCUGUCUUCUGCGCUCCUAAGCACACUCUGGCCCUCACAUGCCCAGCCUCCAGAAGCGCCGCUGCGGAGCUUGAAAGUCACAUGAACUCAUUGGGAACUUCCGAUCAGCCAUUUAGGAAAGCGUUCAACCUUUCGGCUGCAUAUGGCUCAGCGCAAAUGCAAUUUGGAAAACUCCUGGAGCUAAUCUGCCAGGCAGCAAUUCAGGGUCCCAAUAACGCUAGGCAUCAGAAGAGGAAGGACAUUGACCUCAACGGAUUCGAUGAAAGGUACUACAGGCAUAUCAUACGUACUUUACCUAGGUACCUGCAGCGCUUAGCAAACAUCAGUACUGUAGAUACAUCACAGCAUGCAUGUAUCUCCCCCAUCUCACUAGAGGUUUAUUCAUUUUCGAUCGGAGAGUCAAUCACAAUCCCGGUUGAAGAUAUUUAUUCUCCACCCUGGGACACAGCAAGGGGUUUUACCUUCCAAGACAAUGCCUCAACUCAUCGUAGGCUCUGCCAUCCAGAAAUGAUUUCGCUUCCGACAGGAGGGCCUCUAUAUGUCUAUUCAGAGGCCAAGAUAAGCCAUGCCGCAGGUGGCUCGUCUUACAUGGUCAACAAAUUCUUGGCUGAUAGCAUUGAUGUUAUGUCCAAGACUGAAGGGGAGCGUGCCGUUACAAACUUCACCUUGUCUAAGGAAACCGUCAUGCAUUUCAGAGUGGUCUUCUUAGCUGUCUUCCUUGGUCCGGCAGCGGCCGACUACCUUCAAGAUACUCAUUCGGUCCAUGAGAAGCGAGAGGAAAAGUUUGGGUUGGGCUGGUCAAAGGUUGAAAGUAAACCUAGCCCCGGAACAAUUAUACCUCUCCAAAUUGCUCUCCAGCAAAAUGAGCUUGAUGUAGCUGAGCACGAGCUGUUGCGAGUCUCCGACCCAUCUUCUCCCGAAUUCUCCCAGCAUUGGACUCGAGCCAAAGUCGAUGCUAGGUUCUCUCCUACAAGAGAGAGAAUACAUACAGUUCAGACUUGGCUCGGGGAGGUCGGCAUCGGUGAACAGCACAUUCGCCGAUCCGCUGAUGGGGGAUGGCUUUUUCUAAAUACCACACUCAGAGUGGCUGAGAAGCUACUCAAAACGACCUUUGGUGUCUAUCUGGACCCCAUGUCGGAUUAG